AUGGAUAGAGUGGUGACAAGUGAGCCAGGUGGACUUUCCACCACUUCCCCCAUAGCUCCCCAUAUGGUAUGCUUUCCGACAAGCGAAUCACCCACUCAUGCCUGCGAUACAGAAGACGCGCUCUCACUUUCGCCAACUCGAUCCUCACCUCACAGCGCUGGGAAGCGAUCCCGCCAAAGAUGCGCGCCACUCCAAGCCGAAUCAAGAGCGCCCUCCUCGCGGCACCGUCAAGCACCUAGCUCGAGUCGACUCCAAAAGCGCUUCUCGCCUCAACAACGGUCCGCAAAGGGGUGUGGGCAAGCUUUGUCUCCGUCGCUCGCCGCCAGAAUCAUCAGCUCCGUGUCGUGACGGAGGUGCAGGAAUCGUAGCCCCCUUUCUUGCCCUUGGCGUUGCUGGACCUGGACCUGGAACAUUACGACAGCGCCGGCAUCAGCAUGCUCUGCCCCCACGAGCUGCCUGGUCCGCUUCUCGAGCGACAGGGAUUGAGACGGGCAUAGCGACUGGUGCUGACCACGCUCAUCGCCAUGCGCUCUGGUCAAGCGCACUCCGAGAUUCCUUGGCCUCGGAGGCCAAGCUGGCUGCACAGUCCCGUUCGAAGGACAGGCAACGUCUGCAGUCCUUGCGCACAACUACGGAGCGUACGCGAGUCGGUCGCAGUGCCAUAAAGGAGGUUUCGGAGCUGGACGUGCGUCGGAAGGCGAUGGUGCAAGCCGAACUUGUCACUGGCAGGCGAGAAGAGCGAAGAGUGGCACUUCAAGAGAGACGACAGUGGCUGCGCGAGCCAGCAGCUCAAAGUUCAUACUUGCGAAGGGAUGAUGAGUCUCAAAUGCAUGGCGGACACCAGGCUGAAAAGGAUGCGCAGGCGAGUUGGAUUGUGCCGGACACGCGGCCGCUCUGGCCACAUGGAGAAGGCACUUCCAAAUGCCCAUCCACUACUACGCCACGAAGAAAGCGAGCUCGGCUGAAGGGAGGGGCUCACAUGCAGGCUGGAUCGCCUCAAGGAGAUGUGCUGGCCGAUGACUCCGAGAGCGUCAUCGAGAACUCUUUUUACGAUACGGGCGCAGCCUUCGGAGAUGAGGUUCCGCAGUUUGCUCUUUGCGGUCAACGACCGGGACAUGUUGACAUGGACGAUGCGCUGAGUCACUCGUGCGCCAAAGGGCAAAGUGGUUCGUCAUUUCGGACAGGUAAUCAUGAAGUAGGAAUCGACGCCCUCAGCCCUAGUCUACCCACUCUGCGGAACAGCUCCCAGGCAGGCAGACAGAUAGGUGAUGCUCAGCCAAAUUCGCAGAGGAUGCUCACCAGUGCUCCGCCCACCACAAAUGCUGGAGACAUACGCCGAAAGGAGACUGCGUGUGGCAUAGCACGAGGCGAGGUUGAGCAGAGCUGCCAUACGCCACCAUUGGGCGCUCCUCAUCAUGUUCCCAGACCGGUUUGUGGCAAGGUGCAGAGCCAGAGUCAAAGCCAAGAAGAGGUUUCGAUGAGCGCAAAUGAGCCUGCAUCCGGCGACUUUGCUCUGCAAGGUACUGAAACUUCCACUGGUGCGCAAGUCAUCAAGACGAAGAUUCUUCACGCUUUAGAUGCCCAAUCGCAACAUGUCGAGGGUGAAUCGUUGAGGAAUUCCUCCUUCGUCGAGCGCGGAGAAGACGUAGAGCGACAGCAAGCAUUGAAGGACCGGCAAAUGUCAAAUUCACAGACCUUCUCGCUCCCAGUCCUAGAUGAAUUGAGUGCAAGCUGUCCGCCGCGCCUGCAGUCUCGCUGUAGAAAGCCGCCACGUCAACAGACAGCAGUCAAGGAGGCAGAAGCACCACCUACAACUAGGCUUUCCUCGGUCGUUGAGGAGGACCGUAUCGAAGCAGAUGCUCGGAGUACUCCAGCAAGGCCAGCUUUGACGCUGACAGCGACAUCGCGUGAUUCGAACUUGGGACAUGCCGCUGCUCCAGUCGCACCGCCGCCUGCUUCGCAUCCGGAUGUUGAAAGUUCCCAAACGUUGAGCGAGCGCUCGUUCUGGGCUGCGCCUCUCGUGGCUCGAUAUGAGCAAGCGCAAAGCGAGAACCUCUGUGACGCACCAUCGACGGGCGACCAAAGUCUCGAGUCGCGCACAAGCGCCGCGUCCAGGUCGGUCUUUGAUGCGACCAGGACUGGCACGACGCAGUUGCCCGCUGGCGCUCUCUUUCCGUUCUACAAUUUCUGCGAAUCGCAGAUGCUUGAAAGCCCAUGCGGGCGCUUGCCCCCAUCCAAGCCGACCGGUACGGGUCUGUAUGGUCUUCACAGCCCUGACGAGAUGGGAGAGGACGGCGCACUCCUACAAAGUUCGACUUAUUCCCACUCCCGGCUGGAAAACGGUUGUGGCGUCAGAAGCGGAGAUUCUCGUGAAGGAGUGUUUGCACACCAUCCUGACUCAAUACCUGAUGCGCCACUUGUCCAACAGGAUCGCUCGCGCGUUGAUGGCAGCUUCGUCUACGAGCUCGCGGGUCGAAGCGGGGAUCAGCGCGUGCCAGAAACGCUACGGUCAAUGAUCUUUGCCCGAAUGCCACCCACGUACGCGACGGUGGGUGGUGAGACUGGUGGAUUCUCACGCCGCGACAGAGAAGAGGGCGGUGCUACCCAUUGUGGGCUCGAUGCUGUGGCUCGAGCUCUGCGUGCUACCAAUACUGCGCCUCGACGACGCAUUUAUCCGGUCAGGUGGAGAGGCGCAGAGAUUCGAGGUGAGUUCUGCACGCUUCACCCCCGCCGGUCAGAGCCCAAGCUGAACAUUUCAUACUCUGCUGCAGCGUUCUUUCAAGAGCAGCGUAGCUUCAUCUUGGCGCGAGGUCCGCCGAGUAGACGUCAAGUGUCAGGAUGGGCAGAGCGCUUUCUGAUGGCAGCUGAGAGUGCACCAAACGUCAAUGCUCGAGGCAAUUCGUCUCCAAGAGCGCGAGCAUGCGAUAUCUCCGACUUGGGCCUAUCGCGCUACAGUCGAGCUGGGACCUCUGCUAGAGGUCGCAACUUGCGCAGUUCCUUGCAACAACAGCAGCAACACGACUCCUUGUUCGACUCGUUUGCUAGCGUUCCUUGGAAUGAUUCUGGAGUGUGGGACGAUAGCUCCUUGGAACUUGACGGCUAUGCUGCGCCAGCUGCUGCUUAG